AUGAGCGGUAGUCACCAGUCUUCGCCGUGGGUGGUUUUCAUCUCGGGAACCUCAGCCGCCAUCCUGGCGAAUGUCGCCGUCUAUCCUUUGGAUAUUGUGAAAACCAAAUUACAAGUGCAAAUCCAGCAUCGACAAGAACGAGGACGAAGCGGAGAUGAGAGCCAACUUUCUAGUAUGGGGGGCGCCGCCGCUGACUGUGAUAGCCUCAUCGGUGCAAUCUCUCACGUUGUCCAUGAAGAAGGAAUUUCUGGUUUGUAUCGUGGGUUGGGCAGUUCCAUCCUUGGCAUGACCCUCAUGAAUUCCACUUAUUUCUACUGGUCGGCGAAAGCCCGCAUUCUUCAUCAGUCGGUGCUUCGAUGGUACAAUAUGUCUGAUCGAGGUGGCAUUCUCAAAGAACUUGCACUGGGAGCUGCGGGAAGUGCUAUGGCUCAGUUGUGCACGAACCCCAUUGCCGUGAUUGCCAUGCGACAGCAAACCAGCACCACUGCGGAUCAGACAAAGUCGGCAUGGAACAACGUCAAGGAGAUUGUCUAUAAUGAAGAUGGAUGGACCGGACUGUGGAAGGGGCUGAAGGUUAACUUGAUACUCGUUGUCAACCCGACGAUCACCUAUGGUGCCUAUGAGUGGCUGCGAAUGAUCUCGGUGCGAUUUCGGAAGCAGAUUGGGCCGAUUGAUGCGUUUUUCCUGGGCGCUUUAUCCAAAGCCCUGGCAACUAUUGCCACACAGCCCCUUAUUGUGUCGAAGACAAUACUACAAUCCAAGCCACCAGAAUGCAGAUAUGGCCGACCGUUUCGGAGUUCUACCGAGGUUGUCAUAUAUAUCGUUCGCCAUGAAGGCUUCCGGAGGCUGUACAAGGGUCUCGUGCCCCGGCUACUGAAGGGUUUUCUUGUUCAGGGAUUGAUGAUGAUGCUGAAGGAGAGGAUUCAAGUUCUGCUGACUAGUGUAUCUUUGCUAAACCGGCUACGAGUGCAACGGUUAACUUCCGCAAGUUACUGAUCGUGUGAACGUCCGAUAAACUCCUGUCUUCUCGGAUUGUAUAACCCAAGUAUGUCUAUGAUUGAUGAACCUAUGGAGACUUUAUUCGGCAUGAAAUCAGACUAUCAAAUUUAUUAUAGCAGUGACUGUUAGCUAAACUUUCACUAUCUUUAUUGUACCAAAUUCUUCAGGUUUUUGGUAUGUGGCGUAAACUAGUCAAUUUUCGAGAAUGAAUUGGAAGUGUCGGUCC